AUGCUUGCUCAAGAUGCUUAUCUCCGCUCCGUUCGGGAUGUUCACUUAAAUAGUACUCUCUCUCCCUCCGAUCUUCCUCAUCCCUCUAAAAGAGUUCCUAUUUCACUUGUAGAUUUCAAUGCCACUAAUUUGAACAACUAUGAUUUUGUUUGCUUCACAGACGGCAGUAAGAUCAAUGAAAGAGUCGGACUAGCAUUUGUUUUGUAUCAGCAUGAGAUUGAGUUCUCCAUUCAUCAGUUCCGUAUCAGUGACAACUGUUCCGUUUUCCAAGCCGAGCUCUUGUGCUUAAAUCUCGCAGUGAAACACGUCUCGAAUUUUCUUGGAGCUAAAGUACUGAUUUGUAGUGACUCUCUUUCCUCUCUUUUUUCUCUUUUGAAUGUCAGAAGUUUUGAAAAGCUCAUUGUGGAAGUUCAAAGCAUUAUAAGCAAUAUUAAUUCACACGAUAUUUGUGUCGAUUUUACCCAUGUGCGAGGCCACUCAGGAAUUCGAGGAAAUGAAAGAGCUGAUGCUUUAGCAAAAGAGGCUACUCGUUUACCUUUUUCCUUAGAUGUAGCUAAUCAUCCCUCGUUCUGGAAACUGUUCUACUCUAAGAAAGCUACUAAGAAUUGGAAUUCAGAGUAUCUGUCUUCAAAUAAGGGAAAAUGGACCAAGCGCUUCCUUCCCACUAUUUUCUUUAGAUUGAAACGGCAACAUCUCAAAACUGAUUUUUUUGUCACUCUGUUUCUUACUGGGCAUGGUAAUUUCAAAGAGUACUGCAUAAAUUUAAUAUUUCUACUAGUAACGUGUGUGAUUGUGGACAGGAUAUUGAAAAUCCAGAACACUUGUUGUUUCGUUGCAAUCGUUUUAACCCCCAGAGAGAAAUUCUUAUGCGGGAGCUGA